ACAUUUACCAAAUUACCCUUUUGGAUUUAUUUUCUGUCCUCAAAUUUGCUACGAAACGGCACCGUCAUGCAAGGAAUCGUCUACCCUCGCUCGUCGAGCUUCGGUUUUAUUCUUCUUCUUAGGGACGGAGAAAUAAGCCACGGCGAUGCGGGAAAGCAACCUCAUUUGGAUAUCCAGAGAAGCUGCCGAAGGUGGCAAGUCGCAAAUAUUUACCUCGGAGGUUGCUUGCUCGCGAAGUUAAUCCGGCCAUAGGGCAGAAGCUGUUGGAUACGCAGACGAAGAAGCUUCGAUAAAGGAGAUGCAGCACCGGUGAAUCUCGUCUGCGGCGGAAUUAGGCUUUUGUACAAUUUAGGGGUUGGAUUAUUGUUUCCUUUUUUUUCACAAUGGCGGACGCGGUCCCAAUCUACUACAGCAUUAUCGCCUUCGUUUGCACUCUUGGUGCGAUCGCUUUGGCGGUUACUCACAUUUACAGGCACUUACAGAAUUACACCGAACCCACGUACCAGAGAUAUAUAGUUCGCAUCGUCUUUAUGGUCCCGGUUUAUGCAUUGAUGUCUUUCUUGUCUCUCGUCUUGCCAGAGAGUUCUAUAUAUUUUAAUUCGAUACGAGAAGUGUAUGAAGCAUGGGUGAUUUACAACUUUUUAUCACUGUGCCUCGCUUGGGUUGGUGGCCCUGGUUCCGUCGUUUUAAGCUUAACUGGUAGAGUUAUGAAGCCAUCCUGUUGCUUGAUGACAUGUUGCUUCCCUCCCAUACCGCUUGAUGGGUCAAACUACAUAAUCAAUUUUAGUACUAAUGACUUUACGAGGAUGCUUUUGAUUGUAUGCAGGCGGUUUAUUCGAAGGUGCAAGCAGGGUUGUUUGCAGUUUGUGAUUCUGAAGCCCAUCUUAGUUGCUGUUACUCUGAUACUCUUUGCAAAAGGCAAAUACAAAGAUGGAAACUUCAGUCCCAAUCAAGCAUAUCUGUAUUUCACGAUAAUAUAUACGAUUUCAUACACGAUGGCUCUUUAUGCCUUGGCAUUAUUUUAUGUCGCAUGCAGGCAUCUGCUUCAGCCCUUUAAUCCGGUUCCAAAGUUUAUUAUGAUAAAGUCGGUUGUUUUCUUGACUUACUGGCAGGGUGUUCUGGUUUUUCUCGCUGCAAAAUCUGGAUUUAUUAAGAAUCGGGAUGACGCUGCUCGAUUUCAGGAUUUUAUCAUCUGCGUUGAAAUGCUUAUAGCUGCUGUUGGUCAUUUUUAUGCAUUUCCUUACAAAGAAUAUGCUGGUGCAAAUAUUGGUGGAUCUUGCGGGUUAACUAGAAGUCUUGCUCAUGCCUUAAUGUUGAAUGAUUUCUACCACGACACUGUCCACCAGUUUGCACCUACUUAUCACGACUAUGUGCUUUACAAUCAUAAUCACGAGGGUGAAGAGGGGGCAAUAAAGUAUCGAGCGCGUACCUUUGUGCCGACUGGUCAAGAAAUGGAUGCUGUGAGAAGAAACAAACACAUGCUAGGAAACAAGUUGGACGAGAUCCAGCUGAGCAGUCAGUCAUCAUCUGGGGGCAGCACCCCCAAGCAUACAUCUUCUUCAGUACCUGCCGAUUCGGAUGCCAUGAAAUCUUCUCUACUUGUUGAUACUUCAAAUUCUUUGUCUGUUCCAUACGACAUGUCACUCAUAGACAUGGACUUGUCCAGCUACCCUGCAAAGGUACCUGCUGCAGAUGAUACAACGGGGACGAGGUGACAAAUACCAUGGAAGCAGCGAAACUAACAGUUUGAAGACUGUCUGACCUCCUCCAGAGGAACAUGAAGUGUGCUUGAGCAAAAGUUGAUGUAUUAUUGUAUGCCAAUAGUUUAUUAAUUGCCAAUCUGGAUGAAUGCUUUGAAAACCAAAGCCAUUGGUUUCAUGUUGUUGAUAUCGUGCGUCAGUCAGUCCGCAUUGAUCAUCUUGUAGAUAUAUGGAAUAUCAUUGGAUUCCACAAGCAAUCUAGAGUUUUACAGUUGUACAAUAGUUUUCAAGCUUUGAGGGUCAUCUUAAUUAGUCUCUUUUGUAUCCUGCUUCGGUUACAAAUUUGUGGACUGAUAGUAGGUGGUUUUCUGGAAUUCCAUCAGA